AUGGCUCACAUUAAAGAAGCACUUCAUUUCGUUAUACAGAACUUAGGCCCCUUCGACCGGCUUUCGAUCGUGUCGUUCGCGAACCAAGCUCGACGAAUCUUACCGUUGCGCGCAAUGAAUAACCACGGGCGAAAACUUGCGGCGGCAGCAGCCGAGUCGAUCGUUGUCGAAGGUGGCUCGGGGAAUCCUGCCGAGGGGUUGAAACAGGGGAGUCGAGUUCUCGAGGAAAGGCCAUACAACGACAAUCCGUAUGCGAGUAUUAUACUUUUAUCCCACACGCCGCAAGCGUCGCCGAUUCGCGAAAAACAUCUCCGGUUCCCUAUUCACGCCUUCGGCAUUGGUCGGGACCAUGACGCUGUCGCAAUGCACGCGACCUCAGAUAAAUCGAAGGGCAGCUAUACGUUCCUCGAGUCGUAUGGAGCAGUUCUUGGAGCGAUUUCUAGCUGCAUUGGAGGUCUUUUCAGCGUCGUCGCGCAAGAUCUUUGCGUAACUGUAGCGGUGACCUCGCCGAUAGAAAUCAAAGAGGCGUACACCGGUGGGUUCAAAAGAGUCAAGUCCAGUAAAUACAGUCAAGUUACAAUAUGCGCCGGGGACUUCUACGCUGAUCAGAAAAAGGAAUUCGUUGUCCGUAUAGCGAUCCCUCGGCUGUUUUGUGAAAACAUUGACGGAUUCGGAAAGGCGCCAGUGGUGAAUAUCGUGUGUUUAUACAACGAUGUGAUGACACAACUCUCGGUGGUGGUAAAGUGCCCCUUACUCGAGCUGGACAGGCCGACGGCGACAUUCUUGCGAGGCGAAGAAUCUCGACAUGGAAAUGAGAUUUAUGCAUGCAUUGCCUGCCUUAUUUGCACAUAUCGGAUCGAACUUGCUCUAUCGUAUCUAGAGCAGGGCAAUGCGUCAAAUGCGAAGGCUAUUAUCUCGAGAGCAGUACAAUUUCUCGGAUCCUUAUUUUUCGCUGAUAGUGAUGAUCGAUUACGUGGGGCUUUGGCAGAGAUGCUCGAGAUUCUACGAAGGAUAGGAACUCUUGAGAGGUACAAAGCCGGGGGGCGAGCUUAUAUGCUCUCGACUAUAAGUUCGCUCAAGUUUCAAAAGGCGACGACAAGAGGCGAUCGACUGCAAAAGGAAUUCACGAUGCGAGAAAAAGCUUUCGACGAAUGCGACGCAGAUCCUAAAAAGUCUACGAAGAUGAAAGACAGUUUUAUUACCAACGGAAAUUGGAUCGGAAAUUGGAUGGUUUAUAAGUUGUGA